CCCCAUUACGGAACCUGCAGAUAUGGAACCCUUAGCUAAAAAGAAGGUUGAAGAAGUUGAGGUGUUUGUGGUUGGCCUAUCAGAAAAUUUAGACAAGAAAGAGCACGAUAAUCUUGAUAACAAAAACCCACCACAUGAAGAAAAACUCCAACCUGAAACCGAUAUAGAAGGCAAAAGAAGAACGGCUACAUAUCAUAAAAAAUCAGCUGAAAUGGACCAUAAUAAUGGAAAAGCAGUAACAGACCAUGCUGAUGAACCAAAUAGCCUUGACACUUGUGAUACGACUGGAGCUGAAAUGAACGACCGUGAGGAAUUCGGUGGCCCCCAAAAAUUUGCUGUUGUAGAUUGUGUUGACGAAAGAACCAACCUGGAACCUGUGUGCAAAAUGGGAUAG